GUAUCGGGGGCUGACGCUGGUGCUGACCUUCCUCUGCUACACCAGCUACCACCUCUCCCGAAAACCCAUCAGCAUCGUCAAGAGCCAGCUGCACCCCAAUUGCUCGGCCCUGAACCCGAACCCCAGCAACGACUCCAACAGCAGCACGUGGUGCAGCUGGGCACCCUUCGAUGGGGACAACUACAAGGAGCUUUUCGGGGCGCUGGAUAAUGCCUUCCUGGUGGCCUACGCCAUCGGGAUGUUUAUCAGCGGCAUUUUCGGGGAGCGCCUCCCCCUGCGCUACUACCUGUCAGGGGGGAUGGUGCUAAGUGGGAUCUUCACCGCGCUCUUCGGCCUCGGCUACUUCUGGAACAUCCACGUCCUCUGGUACUUCAUCGUUGUGCAGGGCUGCAAUGGGCUGGUGCAGACGACCGGCUGGCCCUCCGUCGUGGCAUGUGUUGGGAACUGGUUCGGGAAAGGAAAGAGAGGUUUGAUCAUGGGCAUCUGGAACUCGCACACUUCUGUGGGCAACAUCUUAGGGUCGCUCAUCGCCGGCGUCUGGGUUUCCUCAUCCUGGGGUCUGUCCUUCAUCGUGCCUGGCAUCAUCAUCACCGCCAUGGGCAUCAUCUGCUUCUUCUUCCUCGUGGAGUAUCCCGAGGACGUCGGCUGCAGUCCACCUCUGCAUCACAAGGAUUCCGAAGCAGUCACCUCCAAUGAGGGGCCGCUGAGCAUCACAGGCCAGAGCAGCAUGGACCGCUCCAACAGCCCCACGGAGCCAGCCGAGGAGCCCGAAGCCAUCAGCUUCCUCGGGGCGCUCCGGAUACCCGGCGUGGUGGAGUUCUCCCUUUGCCUGCUCUUCGCCAAGCUGGUGAGCUACACCUUCCUCUACUGGCUGGCCCUCUCUAUCAUCGUGAACGUCGCUCAUUUCGGUGCCAAGGAAGCCGGGGACCUGUCAACCCUCUUUGACGUUGGAGGCAUUUUAGGGGGGAUCUUUGCCGGCCUCAUCUCCGACUACACCGGCGGCAGAGCCACCACGUGCUGCGUGAUGCUGGUCGUCGCCGCUCCCAUGCUGUUCCUGUAUAACCAUGUUGGCCAGAACAGCAUCGGCACAUCAAUAGCGAUGCUGAUUGUCUGUGGCGCUCUGGUUAACGGGCCCUAUGCUCUCAUCACGACAGCAGUUUCGGCAGAUUUGGGAACCCAUGAGUCUCUCAAAGGAAACGCCAAAGCCCUUUCUACUGUCACAGCCAUCAUUGACGGCACAGGAUCCAUAGGUGCUGCACUAGGGCCACUGCUCGCAGGGCUCAUCUCCCCCACGGGCUGGAAUAAUGUCUUCUACAUCUACAUGUUGAUAGCAGCUGACGUCUUGGCUUGCCUGCUCCUUGCUCGCGUGGUGGUCAAAGAGGUCCAUGGGGGGGGCGGCCACAAAGAGGUCCGUGGGUGGUGCGGCCACAUAGUGAGGAAGAGAGGCUCUAGCGUGCAGCUAACAGAGUCAGUGCUGGAUGGGAAGUAG